GAAAGAGAAACUGCAACCAAACACCACUUGUUCAAACAUGGCUUUCGCUUGCAACAUCGCUCUUCUUUUAAUCUCUCUUUUGCACCAAGUCUUCAGCAAUGAACUCGCGCCAGUUGUCGACACAACUAAUGGACCCGUACGAGGCCUGACUGUAACUCUACCCACCGGACAUGCCGUGAGACGGUACAUGGGCAUCCCUUUCGCCAAAGCCGAGCGCUUCAAAGCCCCGGUCAACCCUGAACCAUGGACUACCACGAAGAAUGCUUUUAACUUUGGGAAAAUAUGUCCCCAGGCCAUAACCCCAUACACUGCGAACUUCAAAACUAGCGAAAUGAGCGAGGACUGCCUUAAUCUGAACGUGUUUGUACCGAAUAACACGGCAGCGGGCGCGAUGAAGUCCGUCAUGGUGUGGAUAUAUGGCGGUGGGUUUAUGAACGGCGCUAAUCGACUUUAUGAAAGUAGCAUACUCGCUGGGGAAGGAGAUGUGAUCGUUGUAGUGGUUAAUUAUCGAGUUGGGAUAUUUGGCUUCCUAGCGACCGGCAAGAAUGGUCUGACUGGUAAUUAUGGAAUGCUGGAUCAAGUGAAGUCGCUACAAUGGGUCAAAAGUAAUAUCUACCGGUUCGGAGGGGAUCCUGGGAAGGUGACCAUAUUUGGAGAGUCUGCUGGGGGUGCUAGUGUUGGUCUACUCAUGCUAUCUCCGCUGGCCAAUGGCUUGUUCCGUAGCGCUAUUCCUCAGAGUGGUAGCGCCCCGCCCAUGUGGGCGUUCUCAGAUUACACUCAUGCGCGAGAGAAAGCAAGCUCAUUUGGCAAGGUCAUUGGCUGUGCAGACUUAGAGAACAUGGUAGAGUGCCUGAAGGAUAAGAACUUUACCCAAAUCGUGGAGGCGACAAAUAAAAUUAAAUACACGGGUGGCGCCCAUAUCUCGCCUGUAAUAGAUGGGAACUUCUUGCCUGAUUCACCGAUCACGCUGUUGAGAGAAGGCAAAUUUAAUGAUGUGAAUGUCAUGAUCGGUACAACCGACGAUGAUGGGACAGUUAUGAUUCCCGAAAAAAUGCCUUUCAAUAUCUCCGAUGGGAUGCCUCGAGAGUUUUUCUUGAAUGCUGUGAAGGCAACCUAUCAGACUCCUGCCUCGCCCGCAGCCGUCACUUUCCAGUACACUGACUGGACCAACAUCACCGAUCCUUACCGAAACAGACGUAUGUACGUGGACAUGAUGACCGACGCGAUGUUUACCGCGCCGGCAGUUCUAUCAGCCAGCGCAUUCCUCGCUAGAGGGUGCCCCACUUAUUUUUACGAGAUCCAAUAUCGCGGGCCGCUUUACUUCACGGGAAAGCCUGUCCCAUCUUGGCAGAGGGCUUACCAUGCAUCUGAGCUUAUGUUCGUGUUUGGAUUUCCGUUGCUUAGCAACGCCUCAAAUCCUGUAGAUGCGAACUUCAGUCGUGACGUCAUUCAGCUGUGGACGAACUUUGCUAAGACCGGGGACCCCAACAAGCCAAGGCAUGCCUCUUUUGUUUGGCCAGCGUAUGACGCGCAGUAUCAACAAUAUCUCAGACUCAAGCCCAGUCCCUCAAGCGCGCAGCACCUUCGCGCGGAUCGCAUGGCAUUCUGGAAUGUUCUGAUGCCUCAGCUUAUCGCAUCGGAGAAUCAGCCUACUGUCAAGCCAACCACUUGUCGACCGGCCAGCGGCGCUAAGCAGCAAGUGCUCCCCACGACGCUGGUAUUCCUGUGGUUUUUCGUCUUCACUUUUGUACUGACCAAGUGAAAACAUUUAAUCGUUCUAAACCGCUCUCAAAGAAUACUGUUAUGCCUGCCUUUACGACAUAAACCGCACGGUGUUCGUGGCACUACGCACCGUCUUGAA